AUGGCGACACAAGAAGUAGAUGCUGAGGUUGGAGAAGCUGUGGAUGCAAAGGCUAAUGUUGGUAUUCGAGGAGAUCCAAGUGAAGAAGCCAAAACAUUUUAUAAAUUAAUGGAAGACCUUGAGUUGCCGUUAUAUCCAGGCUGUAAAAACUUUUCAAAGUUGUCCUUUCUGCUUAAGUUAUUUCACAUAAAGUGCUUAGGGGGGAUAACAGAUAAAAGUCUUUCUAUGAUUCUUGAUCUUUUCAAGGAAGCAUUGCCGGAGAAUAACACUUUGCCAGAAUCCUUCUACGAAGCUCAAAAGACGGUGAAGAAGUUGUCUCUUAACUCCAUCAAGAUUGAUGCUUGUCCCAAUAAUUGCAUGCUAUUUUGGAAAGAGCAUGCUAAUGCGGAUGAAUGUAUAAAGUGUCAUGCAUCAAGAUGGAAAAAAAAGGAACAAGGGAAUGGAAAUCCCACUACAGAACCCAAUCCCAAAAAGCUUCCAUGUCAGACAAUGAGUGACUAUCCUGCUUAUGGUGAUCUCUCUGGAUGGAGUACGGGAGGAGAAAAAGGUUGUCCUACUUGCAACAGUGACACAUCUUCAGAAUGGCUAAGAAAUGGGGGUAAGUACUGUUACAUGUGUCAUCGCCGAUUUCUACCCAUUGAUCAUGAAUGGAGGUACGAUGGGGCAUCUUUUGACGGCACACAUGAGAUUAGACCAAAGCCAAAGGAGUUAACGGGUGAGGAAGUGCUUGAACAAUUGGUGGAUGUUGAAUGUGUUACAUCCCUUGAGACUCCUACUAGGAAGAGAAAUCGACGCAAAGAUCAAAAGAACAAAUGCAAAGCAAUAUGGAGAAAAAAGAGCAUUUUCUAUGAGUUGCCGUAUUGGAGUAGUCUUCUAGUGCGUCAUAAUUUAGAUGUGAUGCACAUUGAGAAGAAUGUUUGUGAGACCUUACUUGCUACGUUGCUUGACAUAGAAGGGAAAAGUAAGGACAAUCUGAAUGCACGACAUGAUUUGAAGGAAAUGAAAAUUAGAAAGUCCCAGCAUGCUAAAGAACGAGACGAUGGUAGUUGGGAGAUUCCCCCGGCUCCUUACACGUUAUCCUUGGAGGAAAAAAAGAAGCUAUGUACCUUCCUGACGAGUGUCAAGUUCCCUGAUGGCUAUGCUUCAAAUAUCUCCCGAAAUUCAUUGCUGAGAGAGCGCAAAUUGGCAGGUUUGAAAAGCCAUGACUUCCAUGUCAUUAUGGAGCAUCUUCUUCCUCUUGCUAUACGUGAUUGGCCGAAGUCACUGUCCACACCACUUAUUAAAUUGAGUUCAUUUUUCAAGGAAUUGUGCUCUAAGACAUUGAAUGUGAAAGACUUAGAAAUAAUGGACAAGGAAAUAGCCGUCAUCCUAUGCGAGUAG